AGGCACUUAGCCUGCCUUCCCCGCUCCGCCCGUCAGUUGCAGCCACGACGCGUCCCUCUCCACUCACUCCAUCUUAUUCUUGGGCACGUUUAGUACUCCCUUUCCUGCGCCUCGUGUGAGUGGACUCUGGAUGUUCAGGUCUCAGCUCGGAACCUCACUGCCUUCGGAUUUAUGGAAAAUGGGAGUGUAGAUUUUUACAACUAAGUAUUGGUUGUAUGUGGAUCGUCUAGUAAAAAGAAUAAAGAGUGAGAAUGUGUCGUGAUACCCAUGGGAACAGAUAGCGAUUAGAUAUCAUACUAACAACAUAAAACAAGAGUAGAGACCAGUGAUAAUUCUGCGAUUACGAUUCUCCUCCUCUGAAUGUUAUGAAUGUACUCGAGCAUUUACUAGGGUAUUUCCUCAGGAACUGGCAGUUAAUGUUAAUCUUUACUCUAUUUUUAUUUCUAGCAGAGGUUCUUUCGAUGUAUAGAAAAUACAGUAUAGCCCAGUAUUUUUCUUGACUAUUGAAUCUUCAAACUCUACAAUACUUCCAAGGAAGGCAAUGCUCCUCCAUUCUCUCCACCUUUCGCAGGCCUCUUCCCCAGCCAUCCGUCAGCCAUUGGGAGCCAAGGAGCCCUCAUGCCAGGCCAGGGCGUAGCGAUCCGACGUGCGGACCCGGGAGACGUCACGGGCGUGAGGGCGCUCUGCAGGACAGUGCAAAAAACAGCGGCGAGGGAGGAGAUUGGCAUCCACCUGCGCUCGCUCCUCGUUCACCCUUUCUUCGCCAUGCUCAUGCUGCUCACGUUCUCCGUCUUGCAGUGGAGCCUUCAGACGCCCCUCGAGCUCACUGCCUGCGCCGCCCUGCUCGUCGUGGGCGCCGAGGAAGGCCUCCGGUUCUGGCUCUUCUGGCGGAGGCUCCGGCGCGUGUUCGGGGAGGGCGCCGACCUCCGGGACCUCGCCGCUUUCUACGCACACCCGCGCAGGUUCUUUCUAGUUGCUGUGAUUAAUAACGAAGUAGCGGGGACCGUCGCCGUGAGGGAAACGGACAGCCUCACUUCUGCAAAAUUAUGGCGGAUGUUUGUCCACCCGAGAUUCCGGAAGAUGGGAUUAGCUUCAAGGCUCAUAUCCGCAUGCCACGAAGAAUGCGCAAGACUAGGCUAUACAAGUGUCGUUCUGCGAACUCAUGUGACAAAUUUCAAAGCAAGAAAGUGUUACGAAAAAGCUGGGUAUGUCUGCACUGGAAAGAAUAAUUUUGCUAGACUUUAUCCUCAUUCAUUUGAUGUUGUGCAUUACUUGUUUAACAUAUAUGACGCAAAUGUAAUGGAGAAACAAAUAAAUUAGUGAUUCUUUUCACCAAUAUACUUCUCUUUGAUCAUCGCCCGUCUGUAAUUCUGGUACAUGUAUACAUAAUGAUUAUGAAAAAGUAUUCUUUGUAGAAGCAACGGCGAUCACACAAAUGCAUGAGUUUUCGACUUUCGACGUUUCAUUUUCAAAUAAGGCAG